UUACCUUUAGGGCACAUUGACCAUAACAAAGAUGGCGAUUAACGCCUAAGCGCCGCCUUCCCGGCAGGCUGCGGGCUCGGAGUCGCCGCCUGACGUACGUGUGCAGUGGUUGGUUGGAGCGAGACGUUGGAAAUUUUGAAAACUUGGCGGUUGAAUCAGCGGGAUCCUGCCGCACACGACGGGGAAAGGACUGAGCUCAGGCCGAGGGCACCGGAGCAGCUGGCGGGAAAACCAACCGAACGACAAGGGCAGCAAACGGACGAGGAAGGCACCGGAGGCGCGUGAGCAGGCUGCCGCCCCUCGGGCUUGGUUGCAACAUGGGAAAGGAUGAGGGUAUUCCAGUAAGAGUAGCUCUAAGGUGCCGUCCCUUGGUACAGAAGGAGUUUAAUGAAGGCUGUAAGACAUGUCUUACUUUUGUCCCUGGGGAACCUCAGGUGAUUGUUGGGAAUGAGAAAUCAUUCACAUAUGAUUACGUGUUCGAUCCGUCGGCAGAGCAGGAGGAGGUAUAUACCAGUGCUGUAUCAUCUCUUAUUCAAGGCCUGUUUAAAGGAUAUAAUGCAACAGUUCUUGCUUAUGGACAGACUGGAUCUGGAAAGACCUUCUCAAUGGGAGGAGCUUACACCCACGACCAAGAGAAUGAACCAACUGUGGGGGUCAUCCCAAGAGUGGUAAAAGCAUUGUUUCGGGAAAUUGAACAGCGAGCAGACUGGGAAUUUCUUCUAAAAGUUUCUUACUUGGAGAUCUACAACGAAGAGAUUCUUGAUUUGUUAGAUUCUCGAGAGAGAGCAUCUCCAAUUAGCAUCCGUGAAGACCCUAAGGAGGGCAUUAAGAUCGUUGGCUUGAUUGAGCGUGAUGUAAAGACUGACGUGGAUACAAUAAGUUGCUUGGAGCAGGGCAAUGGCGCUCGCACAGUGGCUUCUACUGCUAUGAAUUCUCAGUCUUCUCGAUCACAUGCCAUCUUCACAAUAGCAAUAGAUCAGAAAAAAAAGGGCGAUAAAAACAGCAGUUUUCGCUCCAAACUGCACCUUGUCGAUCUCGCUGGGUCCGAAAGGCAGAAGAAGACCAAAGCUGAAGGUGAUCGAUUGAAGGAAGGUAUCAGCAUUAACCGUGGCUUAUUGUGUCUUGGCAAUGUUAUCAGUGCAUUGGGAGAUGAUUCCAAGAAAGGUGGUUUUGUGCCAUACAGAGAUUCCAAGCUAACACGUCUUCUACAAGAUUCACUCGGUGGUAACAGUCAUACUCUAAUGAUUGCAUGUGUCAGCCCUGCUGACUCUAACAUGGAGGAGACCCUUAAUACUCUUAGAUAUGCAGAUAGAGCCAGGAAAAUUAAGAAUAAACCGAUAGUCAACACGGAUCCUCAGACUGUAGAGCUUCAGAAUCUUAAACAACAGGUGCAAGAUCUGCAGGUUUUAUUACUACAGGCCCAUGGAGGGACUCUACCUGUCUCGACCAACAUGGAGCCAUCUGAAAAUUUACAGUCUCUUAUGGUGAAGACUAAAACUUUGGAAGAAGAAAAUCACAAACUGAGUCGAGAGCUAAGCGAGGCUGCAGAGCAGACUGCUCAGAUUCUUGAGAGAAUUAUAUUGACGGAGUAUGAAAACGAGAAACUGAACACAAAGAUCGAUGAACUUAAGCAACAUGCAGCGUGUAAGGUCGACCUGCAGAGGAUAGUUGAGACAUUGGAAGACCAAGAACUAAAGGAAAAUGUAGAAGUUAUUCAAAACUUGCAGCAGGUCAUUGUCCAUCUUCAGGAUGAAAGUUCAGGAAUUGCUGCAUCUAUUGAAGCUUUGGUUGAUGAGGACACAAAUUCUCCCCCAUCUGAAGAGAAAAUGGACAAUGGAGAAAAGCGUUCUUCUGAUGGAUUUUCCACUCAUCAUGCCCUUAGACAGGCACAGCUUUCCAAAGAACUGAUUGAGUUGAACAAAGCGCUGGUUCUGAAGGAGGCUUUGGCAAAAAAGAUGGCACAGAAUGACAGCCAGCUGGAACCUAUGCAGGGUGAAUACACGAAUAAUAUAAAGGCCUUGGAAACAGAAGUGGGAGCUCUACAGAAGGAAAAAGAAGAACUAAUCCUCGCACUUCAUUCAGCUAAGAAGGAUACCAAUCAAGCUAAGUUGAGUGAAAGAAGGCGAAAAAGGUUGCAAGAACUAGAGGGUCAGAUGUCCGAUUUGAAGAAAAAGCUAAACGAGCAAUCCAAGCUUCUGAAGUUAAGAGAGACCACUGAAAAGACGGUCUCCAAACUCAAUCAAGAAAUUCAAGCAAUGAAAACUCAGAGAGUACAGCUUAUGAGGCAGAUGAAGGAGGAUUCUGAGAAGUUCCGUUCUUUUAAACAACAGAAAACUAAGGAAGUGAUUCAGCUUAAGGAGAAAGAUCGUAAGAGACAAUACGAACUACUGAAAUUGGAAAGAGAUUUCCAGAAGCAAGCCAGUGUGCUACGUAGGAAAACGGAAGAGGCAGCAACUGCAAACAAGAGAUUGAAAGAAGCUCUACUGAGACAGAAGGAGGCUAUGGAUAAGCGUAAAGAUGUUAAGAACAGAGGCAUGGAGGGCGCGUCCGCUAGAGUCAAGAGUUGGCUGGCCAAUGAGGUAGAAGUCCUUGUGAGUACGGAGGAAGCUCAGAGGCAUCUUAAUGAUCUCCUUGAAGACAGAAAGAUUCUAGCGCAUGAUAUAGCGCAACUGAAGCAGACAAAAGAUGCUGGGGAGCGCAUACCUGCUAAAAUCCGUAGGCGGACAUACACAGUGGCUGAACUUGAGAAUAUGGAAGAGGAGGCCUCAGUCACAAAGCAGAUUGACAGUUUGGAGACUGAAAUGGAACUCAGGAGUGCUCAGAUAGCUGAUCUCCAACAAAAGUUGUUAGAUGCGGACAGCGAGGAAGAGCGGGUGAAACAGCGAUGGGAAACGAUCACUAACCUUAUGGAAGCAAAGUGUGCCCUGAAAUACAUGAUGGGGGAGCUGGUCUCUGCCAAAGUGCAAAUUAGUAAGCUCGAAAGCAGUCUUAAACAAAACAAUGCUCAUGCUGCUGAUUUGCAGAAGAUGAUAUUUGAAGAAAGAAAUCAGAUGGCUGAAAUGGAGACCGAGCACCAAAGCCAGCUAGUUGAGCUUGAACAGCAGCACCAGGAGAAGAUACUUUACUUGCUGAGCCGGUUACAGCAGAAGCAACCAGUAGCCACUGACGUUGAUCAACCUGCUGAGGACAAAGUGACAGAGAGGGAGAAACAGCUGCUGGAGAGGCUGAGGUUCCAGGAUGAAGAAAUUGAAAAGAUGAAGGAGCUGUGUGAAAAAAACCACCAACUCAUCCACGAAAAUGAUUUGUACAAACAAAAAUUGGCCUUACUUCAAGCUGCAAGUGGAAAGAAAAUGUUCAGCAAAUCUGAGAUCAUUGCCGUCAGCUCUCCAGAUUCUCCCUUUGAUUUCGUUCCUCCCAAGCCUAGAAUUCUGCGUCGAACAACAGCAAAAUCUGCUACAGUAGUCUUGGAAGAUUUAUUAUCUGAAUCUGAGUCUGAAGAUGACUUAAGCGACAAGAACUGGAUCCCUAACCAAAAUGACAAACCGUCCAAGAAAGUGUCAAAUGGGUGCUCUUGUAAAGGGCGUUGUGGGAAUAAAAUGUGUCGCUGUAGGAAAAACAAGCAGAACUGCUCAGAGGAUUGUUACUGUGACCCAAGUAAAUGCCGCAACAGGGAUAACUUCUCGGAUGACACCAAUAGUGAAGAUCAGUCCCGGGAGUCUGAAAACUCAAUGAAGAUGGACUACCCUGAAGAUGUAACAUCCGGAAGCUCAUUUUUCACCCCACCUUGCAUAACUCCCACCAAAAAGGUUCUACAGGAAAUAAGUGACAUAGGCCAAGUGCUGUCCUUGAAGCUGCAGCGAAAACCAAGCAUUGUCCCUGGGGGACUGACUGCAGACGCACAGGAGAAUCAAACAUCCAUACUGAAGAGAAAGAAGAAAGCGCUUUGCAACAGUAAUACCAGCUUCUUCUCUGGAUGCUCACCAAUCACAGAGGAUGAAUGAGGAGAGCCGUCCUUGGAUGUUUUAGUCUAAUAUUUGUAGCAUCUAGGGGGCGGGAGACUGUAUUUUAAUGUUAGAUAAUGUUGUGGAAGGCAUUCAGCGAUGCAACUUAUGGGGAAGAAACCUUGUAAAUAUUUGUUUGUAUUUGUAUGUCUGACAGCAAGUCCGUGCCAUCUGCAAGUAUUGUAAUAGCACAGGAACGUUUUAAAUGCAAAAGGUUUUCCAGCCACUGGUCUGUAAGUCCCAGUAUACGAUGACACAAGUCACAUUGCCGGCCAGCAAUGAUGUUGGAAAUGCAGUUCAACUUUGCACUAGUACUGGCAGAGAUGUGAAAGAGGGUUUUCUGCUAAGACUUUUAUGAUAUCUCAAUUAGACAUGACCGUUGUGGUACCGCGGUGGCUGUUAGAUGCGAGAUCUAGAAAAAGCCUAGGUUCCAAAAUGUUCAAUUAUUUCAAUGAAGAGUGACUGCAGAUGUAAUAAAUCACCCCACUGAGAACAGACAGGGUCCCUCUUGAUUUUAGGGAUUAUUGGGGUUCCAGCAGACAGAUCAUGACAUACCAUAAAAGUUUUACCAGCAGAAAACCACUUUAAAGGGGUUGUCCCAGAAUGACACUGGUUAAGUGAGUGUCUGAAUUCCUUAAUGCUGAAACCCCCACCAGUCACAAAAUGAGGGUGCCCUUUGUCCCCCACUUGGAAGUCCCAUAAACUUUGAAUGGAGUAGCCAUCAAGUUAUGUGUGUUGCCACUCCAUUUAAACGGGUGACAGGG